GGAAGUCAUCUCCCAAUCUCGCCGGUCCCAGCCAUGUCGAGCCGCUUCUCGCUGACGCGCCAGGUCGACCGCAACUCGGGGCGCCGGGACAGCACGGUUGACCACAGCGCCGUGGAGCUCAACCGGCGCCUGAGCGUCGAGCAGCCCGCGGUCACGAGCGUGCCCCACUUCUUUGUCGGCCCAGCGACGCCGUCGCUCGACAAGGACGCGCCCGUCCGCGCGCUCCACGGCGAGCGCAAGAUUGUCAAGAGCAAAGUCGCCGCCUGGCUGGACUCGGAGCCGCAAGACGAGGCCGCGAACGCGGUUGGCAUGACCCGCUUCCAAGCGGCCGGCCGCUACUUUGGCAUGAAGGUCGCGAGCAUUGCCGGUGCGAUGCUCAAAGAUCCCGACACGCAAGUCAACCCCGACUCGUUCUGCGACGGCUGCGGCAUGGACCCGAUCGUCGGCCACAUGUACACGUGCUCGCAGUGCGACAACUACAACCUCUGCACGAGCUGCUAUCGGUCGGGCAUCCACGGGUACGAGAACAGCGCGCUGCUCAAAGCCGUCCGCGAAGACUACGCGGUCAUGGCCGUCGUCGAGCAGUGCAAGCAGCUCGUGCCCGAUGAGGUGUUUACGCUGCUUAUGAAGCAAGUCUGCCGCGGCCAAGUCGACCGGUUUAAAUUCCUCGCCAACUGGAUCUGCGGCGUCGUCCUCGGCAACAGCAUCAGCACGCUCUCGGUCCGCGGAAUUGAGAUCCCGCAUCUGGGCAAGGAGACGCGCGCACGCCUCGUCGAGCUCCUCACGCCGCCGCUCUCGGAGCGCGAAGACAUUGAAGUGUCGAUGGAGUGGUUCACGCAGCCGGACGAAGGAGCGAUCUCAGAGACGCUGCGCAUUUGGGUGUGUACGGACAAGGAGACCAAGUCGCCGUUCGCGCCGCGCACCAACAGCCCCAUCAUUUACAGCCCGGGUGCUGGCCCCAUCCUGCCACCAUCGCCGUCGGCGUCCGACCUUCUCUCGCCGCCGUCGUCCAUCGGCGGGCUCCCGACGAACGCACCACCGUCGCCACCAGGGCUCGACUUGCCGCCCGUCGUUAGCAUCUCGCAGCCCAACAGUCCAGCGACGAAAUCGCCGCCCAUGAAGCCGAAGCUCUCGAGCCCGAUUCCGCGGGCCGAGCUGCGCCACGACGAGAGCCUCGAUGGUCCGUGCACACCUCGCUUUGCGGCCGACGACGACGAGCUCGCGGUGGCGACCAUCACAGCCAGCACCAAACAGCUGCAUGUCGCCCACCAUAGUUACUAGUUACCUUCUCGCAAGUAUGUACCUGAUCAAUCAACACCACAUUCUGCUACGUCGA